AUGACAGGGGCAAAGAGGAAAAAGAAAAGCAUGCUGUGGAGCAAGAUGCAUACCCCUCAUUGUGAAGACUUUAAACAGUGGUGUAGAAGGCGGCUACCUAUUCUGGAAUGGGCACCACAAUAUAAUCUGAGAGAAAACCUGGUUCCAGACACCAUGUCUGGGAUAAUGUUGGCAGUUCAACAGGUGACACAAGGGUUGGCCUUUGCUAUUCUCUCAUCUGUGCACCCCGUGUUCGGUUUAUAUGGGUCUCUGUUUCCUGCCAUCAUUUACGCCAUAUUUGGAAUGGGACGUCAUGUUGCCACAGGCACCUUCGCCUUGACAUCCUUAAUAUCAGCCAAUGCAGUGGAACGGCUUGUCCCUCUGAGCAGCCAGAACCUCACCACGCAGAGUAACACAAGCAUAGUGGGUUUAUCUGACUUUGAGAUGCAAAGGAUUGGUGUUGCUGCAGCUGUUUCCUUCUUGGGAGGUGUGAUUCAGGUGGCCAUGUUUGUGCUACAGCUGGGCAGUGCCACAUUCCUGCUUACGGAGCCUGUGAUCAGUGCCAUGACAACUGGAGCUGCCACCCACGUCGUGACUUCACAAGUCAAGUAUCUCUUGGGAAUGAAAAUGCCAUAUAUCUCUGGACCACUUGGAUUCUUUUACAUCUAUGCAUAUGUCUUUGAAAACAUCAAGUCUGUCCGACUGGAAGCACUGCUGUUAUCCUUGCUGAGCAUCGUGGUGCUUGUUCUGGUUAAAGAGCUGAAUGAACAGUUUAAAAGGAAAAUUAAAGUUGUUCUUCCUGUCGAUUUAGUUUUGAUUAUUGCUGCAUCAUUUGCUUGUUAUUGUACCAAUAUGGAAAUCACAUAUGGAUUAGAAGUAGUUGGUCAUAUUCCAAAAGGAAUCCCUCCACCUAGAGCUCCCCCAAUGAAUGUCCUCUCUGCAGUAAUCACUGAAGCUUUUGGAGUGGCACUUGUUGGCUACGUGGCCUCCCUGGCUCUUGCUCAAGGAUCUGCCAAAAAAUACAAAUAUUCAGUUGAUGACAACCAGGAAUUUUUGGCCCACGGCCUCAGCAACGUGAUUCCUUCAUUUUUCUUCUGCAUACCAAGCGCCGCUGCCAUGGGAAGGACGGCUGGCCUGUACAGCACAGGGGCAAAGACGCAGGUGGCUUGUUUAAUAUCUUGCGUUCUUGUCCUGAUAGUCAUCUAUGCCAUAGGACCUUUGCUUUACUGGCUGCCCAUGUGUGUUCUCGCAAGUAUUAUUGUCGUGGGAUUGAAGGGAAUGCUAAUACAGUUUCGGGACUUAAAAAAAUACUGGAAUGUGGAUAAAAUUGAUUGGGGCAUCUGGGUCAGUACAUACGUAUUUACAAUAUGCUUUGCUGCCAACGUGGGGCUGUUGUUUGGUGUGGUCUGCACCAUAGCUAUCGUGAUUGGUCGCUUCCCAAGAGCAAAGACUCUGAGUAUAAAAAACAUGAAAGAAAUGGAAUUUAAAGUGAAGACAGAAACGGAUGGCGAAACUCUUCAGCAGGUGAAAAUUAUCUCCAUAAAUAACCCACUUGUUUUCCUGAAUGCAAAGAAGUUUCAUGCUGAUCUAAUGAAUAUAAUCCAAAAGGAAAAUGCCAACAACCAGCUACUGGAUGAUAUCAGCAAGUGUGAACAAAACACGUUGCUCAAUUCUCUAUCCAAUGGCAACUGCAAUGAAGAAGCUUCACAGCCAUGCCCCAGUGAGAAAUGCUUUUUAAUCCUGGAUUGCAGUGGAGUAACCUUUUUUGACUAUUCUGGAGUCUCCAUGCUUGUUGAGGUUUACAUGGACUGUAAGAACAGGAGUGUGGAAAUAUCAUUAGCCCAUUGCACAGCUUCCUUGAUAAAAGCAAUGAAGUACUGUGGAAACCCAGACUCAGAGAAUCCAGUUUCUUUUGAAUCAGUAUCUGCCGCUUUAAGUAACAUCUAUUCAAAUAAGAAUUUGAGCAAACUCAGCGAUCACAGUGAAGUCUGA